UCCCCAUCUCCACUCUAGGUUUCUCCAUCUCCCCUGCGCGCUCUCUUUCUCUGCAUCUUGCUCAUUUUCAGCAUCUUCUCACCGAUUUCCUCUUGUCAUUUUGUCAGCCAUGCUUCUAAGAGCUCCAAGUUUUGUUCCUUCCCUGAAGAUUGGAGCCCAUCCUCGUGGGUGUCAAUCGUCGUCUUCUUCUUCCUCCCCUUCUUUGGGGCUUCUUUUCCAUAAGAGCGGGAGAGAUGGGAGGCGGCUCGUGGUCUCUGCGGCUAAGAAGGACGCUGACGAGGCCCUUACAGGGGUGAUUUUCCAACCCUUCCAGGAGGUGCAAAGCGAUCUCUACCUCGUCCCCACCUCGCCCAACCAGUCUCUGGCUCGGCAGGGAUACGCGGACACUUGCGAGGCCGCCAUCAAUGAACAGAUCAACGUGGAGUACAAUGUCUCCUAUGUUUAUCACGCCAUGUUCGCGUACUUUGAUAGGGAUAACGUUGCCCUUAAAGGAUUUGCCAAGUUUUUCAAGGAAUCGAGUGACGAAGAAAGGGAGCAUGCUGAGAAACUGAUGAAAUACCAAAACAAACGAGGUGGAAAGGUCAAACUGCAGACGAUAGUGAGGCCGCUGACGACGGAAUUCGACCACCCUGAAAAAGGAGAUGCGUUACAUGCUAUGGAACUCACCCUGUCUUUGGAGAAAUUGGUGAACGUGAAGCUUCUCAAGCUCCAUGAGGUGGCAUCGAAAGCCAACGAUCCACAGUUGAUCGACUUUAUCGAGAGCGAGUUUUUAGCGGAGCAGGUGGAAGCCAUAAAGAAGAUAUCAGAAUAUGUUUCUCAGCUCAGAAGAGUUGGUCAAGGACAUGGGGUGUGGCACUUUGAUCAGAUGCUCCUUCACGAAGCAUGAUAUGAUGGUAAUGAAUGAAGAUCUCUUUGGUGAGAAUUGGUCAUGGGGGAUGACCCAGUGGGGACGUGGACAACCUGGAGUGGGGUUCUACUGCACUAGUACCGCUUUUAGCCUGCUGGUGUUGGGCGUCUUUUAGUGUUCUGCCUUUUUGUCACCGUCGUCUUUUCCUCUUUCACUUGACUAGAAUACUUGAAAAAUCUUUUUGUUGUUUUCCCUUAUUUCCUGUGGUGAAGUAUGAACUGGAAAGUUACCAGAAACUUUUUCCGUGCUUCCUGUAUGAAAAGCUUAAACUCUCACGUCCUGUUUCUUUACCUGUUAAUGGCUGGCAUAAUGCGGAACCUUUUGGUUGCUUA